UCCAAAUCCUUAAAACCCCCAAAAACCCUAACUUCUCUCUCUGAAACUAUGGCCUUCCGUCCACUUAGCCUCCGACGCGUUCUUUCCCUUCUAGAGCACUCUGUCCAUGGCCACAAACCCAAACCACUGUCCUUCCUCUCCGCCGCUCGGCUUCUUCCAUCCCCCACCCCGGCUUCGCAGUUUACGCGCCGCUCCUUCACUUCUUCCACCACCCUAUUCCGCAGGGGAUUCAAUCCGGAGACGGACGAAAUCGGCCCCGACACAAUCCUCUUCGAAGGGUGCGAUUACAACCACUGGCUGAUCACCGUCGAUUUCCCCAAGGACUCCAGUAUUCCACGCGAACAGAUGAUCGAAACCUAUAUCAAUAUCGCUGCACAAGUCUUCGGCGGUGUCGAAGAGGCAAAGAAGAAAAUAUAUGCACUGAGUACAACAACAUAUCAAGGUUUUCAGGUUGAGUGUUCGGAAGAGACAUCUGAAAAGUUUAAAAGUAUUCCGCAAGUGGUAUUUGUAUUGCCAGAUUCCUAUAUUGAUCCAGUAAAUAAGGAAUACGGAGGGGACAAGUAUGUCAAUGGAGAGAUUUUUCCAAGACCGCCCCCAGUGCAUUAUGGGAGAAGAAGCAACAGGGAUAGGCGUCCAAGAGAGCAGAACUAUGGGCCGCCUCCACAGCAGAACUAUGGGCAACCACCACAGCAGAACUACGGGCAACCACCACAACAGAAUUACGGGCCACCACCACAACAGAAUUACGGGCCACCACCACAACAGAACUAUGAGCAACCACUACGACAAAACGUCAGGCAAGCACCCCAGCAGAACUUUGGGACACCACCCCCGCAGAACUAUGGGCCACCACCCCAGCAAAAUUAUGGGUCACCACCCUACCCGAGCAGUGCAACACCUCAGCAGCAGAACUACAAGCCACCACAGACCAGUUAUACACCACAGCCACAACACAGCUACGGAUCUCCAUCACAGCAGAGCUAUGUGCCGAACCCACGUGGAGGUUAUCCAAAUUCACCUAAUUUACCACCUCAUCCAAAUAAUAGUUCGGCUGGAUCGGGUGAAAGAAGUGGUUACAGUAUCUCAGAACACGAUCAAAGAAAUGCUACGCCUUCUUAUCAGGGAAACUUCAACCGAGCAGAGCUUGAGACUGAUUAUGCACAGGAACAGGGAAGACAUCAGACUCAGAGCCAUGCACGACCUGGACAAAGGGGAUAUACGCAAGAUGCUAAUUAUGGCUCUUCACAAGAUGGAGGUUUUGGGCAAGUAUCUGGGGGAUAUAGAAACUUUUCAUCUUCCCAAAAUAAUUGACCUAAGGAUGUGUUUCAAGUAGAGGUGUGCACUAGAGGCUUUGCUGAAGGAUAUGGAUAGUUUGUGGUUUGGAGCAUCUGUGAGAUAUAACUACUAAAGGAUGUGCUAUACCGUCUCUGUUUUAGACAAUGAGAAUCACCUUUGAACUUGUAUUCUGAUGAUGAAGAUCAUUCUCUGCGUACUAUGUAAGUCACUGAACCGAUCACAUCUCUCCAUGCAGUUGUUUUUGUUAAUAAUUUACCAACUGAUAUAGCUGAAGAGAGAAGAAGCAUCUCAAGUUUUUCCUUU